AUGGAAAGCAGAGAGGAGAUGGUGAUGCUGGCGGAGGGAGGUCAGCAUGGCAAGAGCGGCUCUAAAUUGACGGAAGCCAUCGGGAGCCCCGUGCGAGAACCGCAGGGGAAGCCGGGCCACAGGAGCUGUCUGAGUCCCGGCGCUGCGCCCUACUCCAGGGACAGGACGGAGGUGGUGAUAGAGGAGAGCACACGGAGGAAUAUGUGCGCCGAUAUGCGACCAGUUGGCACGUCUUCCUCCGGAGAGAGGCACCGGACUGAUCAUCACCACAAAGACGGCAGCAGCUCAGACACCGAGUCGGACUUCUACGAGGAAAUUGAUGUCAGCUGCACGCCUGAAAGCAUGGACUACCCAACAGCUAAAGGUCGAAAUGGGGAUUCUCCGGGUCAUCCCAGUGAGGCCGGCGCUGACCCGGGUACGACUGUACCGGGUCAAGGCUCUCUGUCCUAUUCUGCGGAUCAGAUUCGCCGGUACCGGACAGCGUUCACCCGGGAGCAGAUCGCACGGCUGGAGAAGGAGUUUUACCGGGAGAACUACGUGUCCAGGCCGCGGAGAUGCGAACUUGCGGCCGCCUUAAAUCUACCUGAGACCACAAUCAAGGUGUGGUUUCAGAACCGCAGGAUGAAAGACAAGCGCCAGCGUCUGGCCAUGACUUGGCCUCACCCCGCCGACCCGGCCUUCUACACCUACAUGAUGAGCCACGCGGCGGCCACGGGGAACCUGCCCUACCCCUUCCCGUCCCACCUGCCGCUACCUUACUACUCCCACCUGGGUGUGGGAGCUGGCUCGGCUCCGGCCGCCACCCCUUUCUCCAACCCCCUGCGCUCCCUCGACAGUUUCCGGAUGCUGUCUCACCCCUACCAGAGGCCCGAGCUCCUGUGCGCCUUCAGACACCCGUCCCUGUACCCGGGUCCGACCCACGGCCUCGGUCCCGGAGGAAGUCCGUGCUCCUGCCUGGCCUGCCACUCCAGUCAAUCCAACGGUAUCUCAGCCAGGCCCCCCGCAUCGGACUUCGCUUGCUCCCCAACUAGCAGGACUGACGCUUUUGUCACUUUCACGCCUUCAAUUCUCAGCAAAUCCUCAUCUGUGACAUUAGACCAGAGGGAAGAAGUGCCUCUGACCAGAUAA